UCUUUCUUGAAUUGACUGGUAAAACUAAAACAGCCUCAAAAGAGCAGUGUUUCUCUUCCAAGAUUUGAGGGAGAAAAAGAAAAGAGAUAGAAAUUUCAUCUUGUUUUUCAUUCCAUCCAAAGAACAGAGAAAUUAAAAAAAAAAAAAAUGGUGUCUGGUGAUGAAAAAUCGUCUCUCCCAACCCACCAUGCAAAUGGGUCUUCAUUGGAUUCAGGCCACGCUCGCCUCAACGAGCUCGGCUACAAACAAGAGCUCAAGCGUGAUCUCUCGGUUCUUUCGAACUUUGCUUUCUCGUUUUCCAUCAUAUCGGUGUUGACGGGCGUGACGACCCUUUACAACAAUGGGCUGAGAUUUGGUGGGCCCGUGUCGAUUGUGUACGGGUGGUUCAUUGCGGGGUCUUUCACCAUGUUGGUUGGGUUGUCGAUGGCUGAGAUUUGCUCUUCUUACCCAACUUCCGGUGGUCUUUACUAUUGGAGUGCCAAGCUUGCUGGCCCCAAGUGGGCACCUUUUGCUUCUUGGCUCACUGGCUGGUUUAACAUUGUUGGCCAGUGGGCAGUGACAACAAGUGUAGAUUUCUCACUUGCACAGCUGAUCCAAGUGAUCAUUCUCCUCAGCACAGGUGGGAAAAGCGGAGGCGGAUACAAGGCAUCAAAGUAUUUAGUUAUUGCUUUCCACGGUGGAAUUUUGCUUCUACAUGCCAUCAUAAACAGUCUUCCCAUCUCGUGGCUAUCUUUCUUUGGACAGUUGGCUGCUGCAUGGAAUGUUGUUGGUGUCUUUGUUCUUAUGAUUCUCAUUCCCACUGUCACAAAGGAAAGAGCGAGUGCGAACUUUGUUUUCACUCACUUCAACACAGAUAAUGGGGAAGGAAUCGGCAACAAAGUUUACAUUUUUGUUCUGGGGCUCUUGAUGAGUCAGUAUACCCUAACUGGGUAUGAUGCAUCUGCCCACAUGACAGAGGAAACCAAGAAUGCUGAUAUGAACGGACCGAAAGGAAUAAUUAGUUCCAUAGGGAUAUCUAUCAUUGUCGGAUUUGGUUACAUACUUGGUAUCACUUUUGCUGUAACCAAUAUCCCAUUUCUUUUGGAUGAAAACAAUGAUGCUGGUGGUUAUGCCAUUGCUGAGAUUUUUUACCUAGCAUUCCAGCGUAGAUAUGGUAGUGGAGUUGGGGGAAUUAUUUGCUUGGGAGUGGUCGCGGUUGCCAUAUUCUUUUGUGGCAUGAGUUCAGUUACUAGCAACUCCAGGAUGGCUUAUGCAUUCUCUAGAGAUGGAGCCAUGCCAUUUUCAUCGCUCUGGCAUAAAGUUAACAAGCAGGAAGUCCCCAUGAAUGCAGUUUGGCUCUCUGCUUUAAUAUCAUUUUGCAUGGCAUUGACGUCUCUUGGAAGCAUAGUCGCAUUUAAUGCAAUGGUAUCAAUAGCAACAAUUGGACUGUACAUUGCUUAUGCAUUACCCAUCUUCUUUAGGGUGACUUUGGCAAGCAAGUCCUUUGUCCCGGGACCUUUUAACUUAGGCCGGUAUGGAAUAGUUGUUGGUUGGAUUGCAGUUAUUUGGGUCGCCAUCAUCUCAGUCCUCUUCUCAUUGCCUGGGGCAUACCCAGUUACCAUUGAGACACUCAACUAUACCCCUGUAGCAGUUGGUGGUUUGUUUAUUCUUACUGUAUCUUCUUGGAUCUUGAGAGCUCGGUACUGGUUUAGAGGUCCUAUUAGGAACACUGAUUCGUGAAGUUCUGAAUAUAUGAAUAAUUUCCAAUUUUAGAAGGACAUUAAUAGAAUAUGGAAAUUUUGUCCAAUUAUCUAGCGCAAGCUUUUAUUUAUAUAUUUUUCCGAGACUCUGAUAUGGUGAUGUUCUUGAACAAAGUGAUAAAGUCAAAAGCCACAAUGAAAAAGUACGAGAAUUUCAUACAAGCUUCUGAGUUUCUACAUUUUACAUGUAAAAAUUAAUAGUAGGUUGCUUUUAGAGUUUCUACUGCAAAGCUCUAGCUUCAAAUCGAUGUAAAUCAUGAGAAUCACCACAUAAUCGAACUAGGUUGGUGAGGUUUCUCUAGUCCGAUCCAAAUGGCAGGCUCUCGAGUGCCACCUUGGUGGUUCAGUUCCCUUCAAGUUGUUGUUAUGGGGACACUAACUGCUGCCCAUAUAACCUUUUCUUAUUUAGAGGGGAAAAAAGGAGAGAAAAGAAGACAUAAAGACUGAGGUUAGAUCCUCUUCUUUCACUUUGUGGGCUCCCAUAGGUCACAAGUGGAAGAUUCUUUUAUCCAGUUUUAUUGGUUUCGAAUACUUUUUUCUUGAGUCUAUUGGUUUUGAAUACAUUUUUCGUCAUCUUGAAAUACUGCAUAAGGUAUUGUUACAGUAUACUUGGUGAUCGCAUAAGCGCGAUCAUGGAAAAGAGGCCAUCAGGGAGAAAUUAUUUUCUCUGAAAUCCCGGUCUUAUCUCUGUUGAUCCUCUAAUUUAACCCUUUCACGUGUAAGUACCUAAACUUCCUCAUCUAGUGAAGGAGUUUACAAAUAUCAUUUGUCAUAUAAGUAACUUGAGUGAAGUAUUCCUACACCCUGGUUCUGGUAUGUAAACUUCAGUAGAUUUACUUGCUGUUAUUGUCUCGCAACUUUUUAGAUUUAGUACAAACCUUUACCUAACAUAAAGAGAAGGAAGAUAAUGACAUAUCUCUCUUAUUAAAGGAAAAGGUCAAGAAAAUUCAGUUUUCCUUUUCUCUCUUCU